UCUAGCCUGGGCAACAGAGUGAGUCUGUCACAAGGAAAAAAAAAAAUUAGGGGAGAAACAGAAACCGGGAUGACUAAGAUUUUUCACUCAAGCAACUGGAAAUUAGAGUUACUAUUUCCUGAAAGUUGGAGGACAUGGCAAGGAACAAGUUUAUGUACAUGCCUGCAGUGAGGAGGAGGAAGGUGCAGGAGUUAAGCUUUGGAUAUACUAAGUUUGAGAUGUUUAUUAGACAUCAAAGUGGAUAUGUGAGUUUGUUCUUUGUGAUUUGAAAUUCCAUCUUCAUGUGUCUAAAUAUGCAUCUUUUCUAUUAGUUCAGUUCAGCACCAGGUGGGACCUUUCAACAUAAAGAUUUCAUCUUUUUUUAUGUGUAGGAGAUGUUCUUUAAUUAUUUAUCUAAGCAUUGCAUUUUAUCCUGCUAUCUCCAGAUGAUGCUGGAACUUCUAGUUUUGCCCUGAGGGUUUCUUACAUUUUCUUUUAAAUCUCCCAUCGUUUGGUCUUUUGUGGUUCCAUCUGUGAAAAUCCUCUGAACCUUCUUACGAGCUCACUAAUUAUGUACUUUGGUACGUUUUUUUAAUUUCAAUAACAACUCUGAAUUUUAUUUUACAUCUUUCUCUUCUUUCCAAGCGCAUUUAAAGUUAAUUUUUUCCUCUUCGCCCUUUUAGCAAACUAGUCUGUUAGUUCUUUUGUCUGGGAAACUUGGUGUCCAUCUAAUGUGUUAUUUGCUUUCCUAAAAUGUGACUUUUCCUUGUCUUUUUAUUGCUGAAUUUAACAUCACUUACUGAGGAAUAUGCCUGGAGCACUUACCUUCCCCUGCCAACCUCAGAAUCUUCAAUUUUUGUUUAGUUUUGGAGGCAAAUUUUCCUAGGUGGUGCCAACUUGCACCAACGCUUAUAAUUUAAACCUGACCAAACCUCCUCCAACUCUCCAUUCUGUUGCCAAAUGAGAUUUUACACUUGAUCUUAGCCAAAAGACUCAGAAGCAAUGCCAAAUAAGCUUUUGAAAUUGAAAUAUUAAAAUGCCAUUUGAGAUCCUAAAAUACUCUGUAUAUCUCAUAGUUUUCAGGCUAAAAUAGGAUAUCCUUAUAGUGGCUAUUUGGUCAUUCUCAUCUAUAGGCAUUCACCUGUGCUCUCUUUAUUUAUCUAAUGUUCCAGGCACAGCCAAGCCUUUGGUCAGACUCUUGUCUUUCCUUGGAGGGCUUUAUCUUCUCUCUACAUCCAGAACUUCAGUGCAUCCCUCAAGAACCAGUACCUGCUACAUAUCUGUAGCCAAGCAUUUGUUACUCCACUUUGAUGUGCUCACUUUCCACUACAUCUUAUACUAACUAUUCCUCUUUCUGAAUUCUUGUAGCAUUUUUAUGUACCUGUAGGUGUUCCUGUAAAUAAUUUGUGUCUCUUUCUCUUCUACCAAAUAGAAAGAGAUUUAAAUGCAGGGAUAUGCUUUAUUCAUUUUAGAAUCUUUACUACCUACUAUACGAUAGACACCUAAAAUGAUAACAUUUGUUUAACAAAUGAAAUGAGAAAUCCCAGAGUAGAUUAUAGCUGUUCUUCUGUUUAGAAAAAGGGUUGGGGAAGCCUGGUGACAUAGAGCUACUCACUCAUGAGGAUUUGGAUUGCUUAAUGCUAUUUUGUAGGAUUCUAAAAAUUUUAUAGAACUCUUAUUUUGUAGGCUGGUCUCCAAUGUUGGCUCUGUCAUGGAUUCUUUAUAAAACAGCCACAAAAGCUACUUCCAUGUCUCACUUCUAACAUUGGAGCAGUCCUCAGGCCAUGGGCAAUGACCACCAAAGCCCAAGCAAGGUUGUGGGCAAGGCAUUGGGCAAGGAACUGGCAAGGCACAAGGAAAUAGCCACCAGCCAACCCUCAGGCAGAUCUAAGGAGCUCUCCUUAGUCUAAGUGUGAGCUAAGGUCAGAGCAGAAACCAUGACGCGAUCAUGCAGGCAGGACAGCAGAAUCUUGGUGGUCCAGUGAGGUGGGGAGAAGCUGGUUUAGAGCUCCAAAGAGCACUGGGACCUGACCCAGUAUGUCAGGCAAAGACGUGUCUACAUCUCCCAUAUACAAUGGUUGGCCAGGGAAAUUUUUGAAAGAGAAAUGAAAUCAGAAGUGAUGUAAUUUGGCCUUUACUAUAUGUGUCUAGCUGUAUAUUUGAAGCCCACAGAAAUAAGAGACAACCUGGAGGUAUGAAAUAGAACAUUCCAGGAAUGGCAAGUACGUCUGGGGCAUAGAAGGAGGGUGAAGACAGAGAGUCUGUAGAAGAGGUGUGCCUUGAAAUAUAAGCUGAGGCCAGAUUGCCAAGGGCUUGUAUGACAUGGUGGGUACUCCAAAUUUGUCCUUUUCACUAAAAGGAACCAAAGUAUUAAGUGGAGGAAUGAGAGAAAAUCAAGAGUUUGAGGCAAGGCAUCAUGAUGACCUUCUGGGUCACUGACAGGGAUAAAGAAAGGGUCCCUGUCUAGGACAAGGUGGUCCACAGACAGCCAGACCAUGUCCCUUGGAAGAGUUGGCUACAUGUCCAAGUUUAUUUCUAAGAUCUUAACAUUAGUUAUUGGUCUAGAUACCAAUGUGGCCCAUUUUGUAUCCCAAAAUGCUUAAUAAAGUCAAGGCAAUUUUUCACCAUUAUUUCACCCAUUCAGUUAACAAUUUAUGCCCACUGUUUUAAAAAAUCCUGCUAGUGUUGAAAGAAAUGGAAAGUUAAAAACAAGUGCACAAAUGACUAAAAUAAAGAAUUAAAACAGAGGAAUUAGUGAAACCAUGAUGGAAGGAAUGAGAGGUGUAUGAGAAAGCAGUUGAGAAAAACCUCAAGGGCCUCGGUGGGGGGGGGGAAUGGAAUCUGAGUUUGUAUCUCGAAGAUAUGCAGGAGCAUUUGAAAAAAGUGGAGUGUUUUGGGAAGAGGAAACACAAUGAAGAUAUAUGUGUGAGAUAUUUAAGUAACACCAACAAAUGAAUGUUGUUUUUAAAAAAACAUAACUCCCUGGCUCCUUGUAUUAGGAGGAUUGUCUCCAUGGAAGCAGAAACUACCUCUCUCACCUUUGUUUGGGCCUUGCAGGGGAUCAGCUGCACUCCCUGGCAAACAGUUCCUAUCUUAUGAGACAAUCAACUGGGUAAAUAACUAAGGCAUUUGCAUCACUUCCAGGUGAAAAGACCUGAACCCAGGAAAAUACUACAGCCAGCUCAACGCCAGAGUGUGACAACAGCAUGGCUGGCUGGGACCUCAGAGCCUACCUUCCUCUUCUCCCUUCUCCUCCUCCUUCUCCUCCUCCUUCUUCUUAUUCCUUUCCUUUGCUUUCUCUACCUCUUCCUCCUCUUUCUCUCCCAGCCCCAUCUUCCUGAUAUCUUUCUGUUCCUUUCAUGACUUCACUGAAUCAUUACACAUAUAUUAGCCAUCCAACAGGUACCAAAUACUGGAAGUGUCAUUUUUUUCUGCAAAGAUUGGGUGUUAGGUAAUAACCAGUGUGUCUCAAACAUUCUAUCCUGGGGACCUUCUAGGCUUCAGGUUUUGUUUUCUCUUCAAAGUGUCUGUGUCCCAAAGCUCAGGGCUAAUUUCAAAACCUGAUCCCGAAUAUUAAAAAAAUCCAAACACAUAUCAUCUAAAUUCCACCUCAGGAAAGAAAGAAAGAACUUCUCAUUUAAUAAGAGACUGUAUAUUUCUUAUCUGCAUGCAUUUAUUUAACAGUAUUUGGCAAGUUUUGCAUGUAACACACUUCAAAGCCAUCAGCUGUGCUUGUCCUUGUGACUGCAGGUGCUGGCUCCAUUGUUUCAGGUGACCUGGUCCUGGCCAGGUGUUUGUCUCCUAGGCCUGUUUGUCACAAACCUGGCCAGCUCAAUGCUCCACACUUGACCACGUCUCUCAGAUGGUACCCUGGCUUUCCUGCACUCUCAGGGACUGUUCUAAUGAGCAAGCUAUUAUUCUGAAGUGAGGCAUUGGAAGCAUUUCUGAGCAGUAUUUAUUAUUUUUGUGUAUACUCAAGGUUUUUUUUGCAAUAAAAACUUUUCCUUGCAAGGUUUUUAAGGCUUUGAACUUUCUAUUCUGUGCAAAAGCUUGAAAUUUUCUCCAUUAUUUGUGAGCAUCCAACUCUAACAGACACAUAGAUUAAUAGCUUUAGGAAAUAUUUAACAGUCUAGGUUCAAACAAAUAUAUUUACUUUGGUUGAAUCAGUGUUGUUAUUAAUUUCCAUUGAGAUUAAUCACCGUACAAAAAAGUGUGACCUGCAAGAUAAAGACGCUAGUAGAAUCAAAAACUCAAAUGAGAUUUAUCUGCAGAUAUUAAUGUGUCAACUUUAAAGGAUAGAAUUUUUUGAGGUAAUAUUGAUAAAAUAUUGUUGUUGGUCCCAUGUGCCCAUCCCUUCUCAGGGUUCAGAGAAGAGGUUGUUAUGGACAUGUAGCAAUGCCCUUGUACCUACCCAGGUGGGGAGCUGACUAUCUAGCUCUGCAGUCACUGUAAGCAAGUCAUGCACACAAAGAAUAGGUUGUCUCUCUGAGAAAGAAAGGAGAGGAGAGGGAACAUUUUAAGGUCAACUAAUUAAAAAUUACUAUCAAUCCCUAGAGUUAUAUCCCAUAUGCAGAGAGAUACUCCUUGCACACAUAUAUUUUUUUAUAUAAAGAAAUUUGGCCCCCAUCCUCAUUUGGCCUUUCUUUCUACCUUUGAAUCUCAAAAACUUUUUUAAAUGCUUCAUUGUCUUCUUUGUUUGGCCCAUUCUAUAAUAGUUCUUUCUUGGCUUUCUAAUGCUGGUGAACCAUCUUCGGGGUAGAAUGCUCAUUAUAUGAGAUGAAGUAGUCUCCAAGAGAGCAGUAAAAAAGCAAGUGCCUUGUACAAAGAGCCAAAGAGGAAGAGUUUGAAAAGAAAAGAUGAACAUUCUAGGAAGAAAGAAGUUUUUAACCUCCUCACUCUAGAAAGAAAGAAAGUUUUUAACCUUUCCUCUCUUUCUUCAUUGUUACUUAGGCCUGAGUCAGAGCUCUUCUCCUUGGGAGUGAUGGGAAGUGAGAGUGCGCCCCCAGCAGGCAGAUUGAGAGAGUGCAUGGCACAGUUUAGCAGAAGGAUUAUUUCAGCUGGGAUCUAUGGGGCAGAAUGGAGAAGCUGCAAUUUGAGGCAGACCAUCUGGUAUUCUUGCAUGAUACACUGAUUAAAUGUGGAUAGAGAAAGUAAAAAAGCAAUCUUGAAGCUGGAAACAUGCUGGGUACAGGCAGACACACAAGGAAUCAUCUGGAAAACCUCUCAGAACCCAGUCUCAGGACAGGUGUCCGUAGGCAGGUGGGAUCAGGAAGCUUGACCCUCAAGAUUGCAAUAUAGGGGCAACAUAUAGGUUAUGAAGUUGAUGUCCAGGUAAACAGCACAGCCAAGGGGUCCCAGAAAUAGAAUUUGGACAAAGGAGCAGAGCGAAACUACUCACAAGAGCAAGAUGGAUCAUCCAGAGAGGGUUGGAACAGCAAAUGGUUCAUGCAGAAUCUCCCAAGAUGAAGACAAAGCCUCAUGAGUUGGAGCUGGUUGUUCCAAAAUUUGAGGUGGAGCUGCAACCACAGGAAAGAAGAAAGAGGGAAUGGGGGACCCAAGACUUAAGGAGAGUUUUAUCUAGAAGGGAAAAUCAGGUUUCAAAGUAAGGCCAAUGGAAAAUAUUGGCAGAUGGGUCAAGAGAGCUGAAUCUGAGUCAUGAGGGCACUGGUGGGAGUGAGCCAAAGUGUGUCAGGUCAGGCAGAAAAUCAAAACCAGAUGCCUGGUGGCAAGUCAGGAAGGAGUAAUAUAAAGUAUGUGGAUGGGCCUGGGCUGGGACAAUGGGGGGUUGGCUCCAUGUGCUUGGCUAGCUGAGUGGUUUGCAGCUGUAGCUAUAGGUGCUCUAUUCUCACCCAGCCUCGUAAGGAAUGUUACUGUAAACAGCUUGGGUCCUAGGUUUUGGAACAGAAAGAAGCUCCAGUUCUUAGGAAUAACUGUGAUGUCACCAUAACAGAUAGUACUUCAGCACAUGGACCACGGACAUUGUUGGGGAAAAUCACAGAGAGGUAUUGCUAGUAUUAUAUGAUUGUUACUGUUUCAGCUAUUGUCAAACCGAUUUUCUAUUCCUCUUGGAAGAGCAGAAGUUUGCAAUAUUAAGAUUUUUCCACUUUAUAGUUUGGGUUUAUUAUUUAUCUCAUAAAGUAAUCAAUAGAAAUUAUUAAUUGUUAUGUUGUAUAUUGUUUAAAACCUUUGCAUAAAUGAUCUAUUUUGUCUCAUAAUGACUAUAUGAGGUAGGUAAGGAUUAUCCAUAUUUUAGGUGAGAGAAAUAAGCCUGAGAUAGGUUAAGUAAUUUUCCCACAGUAAUGCUACAAACAGUAGCAGAAGCAAGAAUUGAAAUACUCUGUGCUCUUAGCUACAUGUUAUGAACAUUUAGUUAUUUCUCUCCUAAUACUUAGGGACCAUCUUCUUCUAAGUGUUGGCUACUGCCAGCAUUUACUCAGAUGAUUAUUUAGCCAUACUUGUAGAGAGAAUUCUGAGAGAGAAGGUCAGGCAGACCUUAUCCAGUAUGGGGGUCAGAGAAAACUGACCUAAGGAACUGACACCAGACUUGAGAUCUAAGGAAUUAGUAGAUGGAUGCAGAGGGCAGAGAAGAGGUGUUAGUGCCAAGGUGAAAAGGAGCUUGGGGCAUUGAAGAACCUGAAGAAUCCAAUGUGACCCAAGCUCAGAGAGCGAAGGUGAGGAUGUUAUGGAGUGUGGUCGUAUGGCUGCUGUAAGCAGGGACCAGAGAAUGCACUUUAAAUUUUACAAAGCACAUUACUAUAAAACUUAUUUAUUUAAUAAUAAUUUCAUAAUACAUUUAUUUUUAUAAUAAAGAAAUAAUCUUUGCAUGGUGGGGAAGAAGUUUCCUUUCUUUUAUUGUUAAACUCAAUUAAUUUCAAGACCAGGAGAAUUUAUUGCGAUACGAAAACAUUAAAAAUUGCAUUACCUUCUGCAUCUUCAUGGGAUGGAAUGGCUAUCAGCUGAUCAGAGUUCCCACCAAGAACAAUCUGAAAAGCCAAAUAAAAUAAAAUGCGGAGGUUAUUUGCUUGAAGACAGUGGAGCACAGCUGAGGCGGAGUCAGCCCUACCAGGCCAAUAGCUGAAGGAAAGGAUGAGAAGAACUUAUGGUGGCACACCGACUCUUGACUCAGAUGCGAACACAGCAUAAUUUCAUGUCUACCUGAUGAAAUUACUUUCCUACCAAGAAAAAUAAAAGGAGACUUGGGAAGUAUGGCUGGCCACAACAUCUCCAGGAAUUCCUCUUGCAAUUCUACAAUGAUGCCCCACUUAACCCGGCUCUACUUCGUAGUGCUCAUCGGAGGGCUAAUGGGUGUCAUCUCCAUUCUGUUCCUGCUGGUGAAAAUGAACACCCGCUCUGUGACCACCACGGCAGUCGUUAACUUGGUGGUGGUCCACAGUGUUUUUCUGCUGACGGUGCCUUUCCGCUUGACCUACCUCAUCAAGGAGACUUGGACGUUCGGGCUGCCCUUCUGCAAGUUCGUGAGCUCCAUGCUGCACAUCCACAUGUACCUCACCUUCCUGUUCUACGUGGUGAUCCUGGUCACCAGGUACCUCAUCUUCUUCAAGUGCAAGGACAAAGUGGAAUUCUACAGAAAGCUGCAUGCUGUGGCUGCCAGCACUGCCAUGUGGGUGCUGGUGAUCGUCAUUGUGGUACCCCUGGUCGUUUCCCAGUAUGGAGCUCAGGAGAAGUACAAUGAGCAUCACUGUUUUAAAUUCCACAAAGAACUUUCUUACGUGUCCGUGCAAGUCAUCAACUAUAUGAUAGUCGUGAUUGUCAUAGCCAUUGCGGUGAUUCUCUUGGUCUUCCAGCUCUUCAUCAUCUUGUCGAUGGUGCGGAAGCUAGGCCACUCCUUACUAUCCCACCAGGAGUUCUGGGCUCAACUGAAAAACCUAUUUUUUAUAGGGAUCAUCGUUUUUUGUUUCCUCCCCUACCAGUUCUUUAGGAUCUACUACUUAAAAGUUGUGGGCCAUGCCAAUGACUGUGAAAGCAAUGUUGUGUUUUAUAAUGAAAUCCUCUUGAGUGUAACAGCAAUCAGCUGUUGUGACUUGCUGCUGUUUGUUUUUGGGGGAAGCCGUUGGUUUAAGCAAAAGAUAAUUGACCUAUGGAAUCGCAUUUUGUGCCGUUAGCCACAGACUACGGUAUUCAUAAUUACUUCCUUUAUAUUUGGAGUAAAAAUGGGCACAGGGAACGUAAGAAUGGUAUUGCAUUACAUGAUGCAAAACCGUGCCUUGAUCUAGCCAAACAGAGGA